AUGCAUGACGGAUUUACUGAAGCCAUUGUAGAAUAAAGCCAAAUGUUGUUCCAAGUCAAAGUUUUUUAUUUAUCAUGUAAUUACUGCCAGAGUAAAUUUCUUGUUUGUGUAAACUUACUUGGCGAAUAAAGAUGAUUCGGAUUCUAAUCAUGUAAAACAGGGCAUAUUGAGCAAUGAAAUUCAUGUGACAUGGAAAGCAAAUUGUAAAAACGUAGGUAUAAAAAAAACAUUAAAAGAAGUAAAAAAAAAAGUAUCUAAUAUGAAACCAUACCAAUCCAUACACUAAACACCUAGGAAAAAAUGGGUUUGUACAAUCUUAGACAACCCUUACUUAUAAUUACUUGACAUUGUAUAAAGGGUUAGGGUUAGUACUUAGGGUUACUAACCCUAAGUACUUAACACUUGUUUUCUAUGACUCAGGUGACUUUGGAAAGGACAUGGUGUUCUGGAGAGAGUGGGGGUGCGAGGGCGUGUAACUUCCAAACUGUGGUCCUUUAUAAGAUGGGACAGGUAACAGUGACAUGGUGUUCUGGAGAGAGUGGGGGUGCGAGGGCGUGUAACUUCCAAACUGUGGUCCUUUAUAAGAUGGGACAGGUAACGGUGACAUGGUGUUCUGGAGAGAGUGGGGGUGCGAGGGCGUGUAACUUCCAAACUGUGGUCCUUUAUAAGAUGGGACAGGUAACGGUGACAUGACGGUGUUUGCUGAUACUUCAGCUGACUGAGAACAGUUCCUCCUCAGACCUACUGAGCUGCCCAUGUCUCCCUCCUGUGUGACCCUGGCCCUGGGGCUGCUGCUCCUGGUAGGUACCCAUGCCCAGAUCAAGAUCUUCAACCUGCGUGCCACCAACCUCCCCAGUGACCUCCUGGGCAUCACCGACGCCUACGUCAAGGUGUUCUGCGGCCCCAACGCCCUCGGGAAAACCUCCGUCCGCAAUAACGACAAGAACCCCUGGUGGCUGGAGGAGUUCAAAUCCUUCAAGACCGUGGAGAGCGACGUCCUGAGGCUGGACGUGUAUGACAGCGACGUGCUGCUCGACGACCACCUGGGAACCUGCCAGAGGAAGGUGGAGAGAGGCACCCACCAGCACGAAUGCUUCCUGAAGAAGGGAGGCACGCUCACCUACUCCUACACUCUUCAUCAGUAAAGAUGUGUUAGCUGCUCUCGCAGGGAGGCGUGAGGAUAGUGAUGCAUACAUGCUACUCGACACUCUUCAGCAGGGCAGCAUGGGGAGGUCCCAGUGAGAUCCCCACCAUUAACCAAGCCCAACACCGUUAUCACACCCCAUCUACCUACUCAGAAGCCCCUCCCUGUCUAACAGUCUCUUGAGUGUUACAAGGGUUAGCGUUAGUGUCUAAGUUACGACCUUCACUUACACUGUUGACCCGUAUCCCUUUAGUUGUUGUUUAGUAAUUUCAUCCUACAUUAAGAAAUGUAUCUAUAAAUUUGGCCAACUGUGUUCUAAAUGUAAUCUUUAUGUCUUUUUGGCCUCCAU